CCGUCAUGCCCCGGGAGGGCGGGAACUCGCGCUUCCCGUGAUGCCCCGCGCUCCCUAGCAACCACGCCGUUGCUAGGGGCGGCCAGCAGCGCCCAUCAUGGCGGCGGCGCUGGGGUUCGGGGUCUUUUUCCUCCUCCUCCUCCUCCCGCCGCCGCUCCGGGCAGCAGAGCCGAGCGCGGAGCCCGGAGCGCCACCGGAGACCAGCGCGGCCGUCCCGGCGCGGACCCGCAGAGGGCCCGCUCCGGUCACGGACGUUGCCAAGCUGUGUGUUUGUGACCUGCUGGUGGCACAAUGCGAUGUGAAUUGCUGCUGUGACCCUGAUUGCAGUGCAGCAGAUUUCAGCCUCUUCACUACCUGUUCAGUUCCUGUGGUCACAGGUGACAGCCGUCUGUGUAGUCAGAAAGCUGCCAUAUAUUCACUUGAUGUUGAAGCAAAUCCACCAGAAAGAGUAUUUAAAUUAAUUGACCAAGUCAAUCCCAGUAUUUUCUGUAUUCAUGCUACAAACUAUGAACAAGCACUCACCUUCAGUUCCCCUGAAAUUCCUACUUCUGAGAAUUUUGAUCAAUUGCUUAAGCACUUUGGAAGUGCUACUUUCAGUGCUGAGCCUGAGAGCUGGGACAUGAACACAGAUGAUCAGAAUCUGUCUGACGCAAAUGAAACUUACAGAUACCAGUAUGGUGUUCCUAUACAGACAGCGGAUGCAUUCCUGAGACUGCCUAGUCCUGUGGUCUCCUCUUGGUGCUCUGAUGAAAAUCCUGCAGGGUUUUUAGUAAACCAUGCUACAAAAUGCAUUAGAUCAGUAAGUGUGGAAAAAUGUGACGACAUUCAAGCAAUUAGUAUGCUGUUCUACAUCAACUCCAGCAUUUUAGCAGUGCCCAAGUCAAGUCAGAUGGUGAAUAUUUCUGUCCAGUCCAUAGUUGUCCAGUCUCUAAAUGGAAUGCGGACUUUACUUAAUGAUAGCGAUGUCCUCAGGCUCCCCAUGAUUUUGGAUGAACUGUGCAUAAAUGUAGUUCUUGGGGUGAGCUAUCACAUUACAUACACAGAUGCAGGAGAAAUAAUAGAAGCAGCUGGUGCUUUUGUCUUGGGGGCAAUUAACAAAGAAGCACUUUCAAUAGAGCAGAGCUUCGAAAUAAGCUUUACUCAGGUAAAUACAAUACCAGUUCCUCUCAGUGGUAAUCCUGGUUAUGUUGUGGGACUGCCUGUAAGAGCAGGCUUCCGGCCACAAGGAUCUGGCAUCAUUCAAAAUACUAACAAAUACAGUCAACUUACCAUCCUGCAAAGUACAUCCACCCAGGACUGUCUGGCGGCACAGGGAGCCAGAGCCCCCGUGUUAUUUGGUUAUAACAUGAUAUCAGGCUGUAAGUUACGAAUGACAGCAGCUAUGAAAUGCCAGCCUUUGACUCAGGCCCUCCUGGAUCUACUGAAGGGACAAACCUUCCCUGACUACGUGGCCUCAUUUGGGAAUUCUCAAGCCCAGGAUGUCCUCGACUGGGUGCCGAUAACUCACCUCUAUGUUUCAGAACAGAGUUCAUGCCAAAUACCGGUAUCACUUGAAAUAGAAGUGAAGUGGACUAAAUAUGGAUCCCUAGUCAAUCCACAAGCCAGAAUAGUGAAUGUUACAGCAACGAUCACUACCACCACACUGAAGCAGCUUCCCUCAGGAAGGGAAAGGACUAUUCCUAUAACAAGUUCUGUUGUUUUCACGGAUGUUUCUUUACCUGCAGAGCCAGGCUAUAAAGCCUGGCCCACCAUUAAUGCCAAGUUACCCUUUGAUUUUUUCUUCCCAUUUGUCUGAGUUAAGUGAUGCUUUCAGGAGAGCUCAAUGGCCAUUCCAGCUGAAAUCAACUGGAGAUGCCUGCUACAGUCAACACCUUUCAGAAUUCCCACUUACUGAAUAUUCUACUGUAAAACAGUCUCUCCACAGAGACCUUCUAGUACCUGCAAAGUGUUCAAACACCAGCCUGGUCCUUCAGAACACAUUUUCUAAAUGGCUUUUCUGGAGUCUUCACCGUUCCCAGCAGCGCACUCACCUACAUCUGUUCUCACAUAUUCCUGUUCUUCUAAUGCAUUGAUUUAUGAGCUGUGGAAACAAAGAACUUCAUAGCCCAGCGGGCUGCAAACUGACACUUAAAAUGGAAGCAGGGAUGAGAGAAUGCAGUAUCAGAACUCAGAUCUGCUGCUGAGAACAAGGCACUGUUUGACGUAAGAUGGCACGCGUUGGCCUCUAUUUUGGUGCUGACUCGAUUGUCAACUACGGGAGUGGUGUGUUGGUAUUUUUGAAACAAGCCUUAUAUAAAUAUCAAACUGGCACAAGCAGCAACAGAAAUGAGGAAACUACCAACACUAUGAAAAGAAUGGUUGGCACAGGAGAGAUGUACCAGUGGUGAAUGGUCAGCUUGUCAGGAAGCAAUGACCUUUCAGCCUGGGUUCUUACCAGUGGUACUGCCAGUUUCUACAAGAUGUUACAAACAAAGAACAUUAUCACUGGAAAAAAUGAACUUAUUUCAAAUAAGUGGUACUUCCAUAAGUUUGUAGCUUGUAAAGAUGUGUCUUUAUUAAAUUAUUUUGCAGUCUGGGCUGUACAGCUGUGCAAGGAAGGUCUUAUGAAA